AUGGGAUUGAAGGAGACUUUUUAUAUCUCACAUGGCUCGCCGACGCUGUCAAUUGAUGAGUCGCUACCGGCGAGAUCCUUUCUCCAGUCAUUCCGGCAGGAGGUGUUCCCGGAGAAACCCAAAUCCAUAUUGGUCAUAUCCGGUCACUGGGAGACCUCAGAGCCCACGGUCAACGCCAUCGCCGGGGUCAACAAUAUUAUCUACGACUUCUACGGCUUCCCGGAGAAAAUGUACAAGAUCAAGUAUCCGGCACCGGGUUCGCCGGAAUUGGCAAAUAGAGUGAAAGAAUUGCUCGAGGAAUCAGGUUUCAAGCGCGUGCACGAAGAUAAAAAACGAGGAUUGGAUCACGGUGCGUGGGUUCCACUUAUGCUCAUGUACCCGGCGGCAGAUAUUCCGGUGUGCCAACUCUCCGUCCAACCAAACAGAGACGGGACUUAUCAUUAUAAUUUGGGGAAGGCAUUGGCACCCCUGAAAGAGGAGGGGGUGCUCAUUGUUGGCUCGGGCGCCACCACCCACAACCUUAGUAGGCUGCGCCGUGGGGUAGGCCGUGGUGGUGUCGAUGACGGUUCUGUGGUCACUUGGGCUUUGGAGUUUGAUAAUUGGCUGAAAGAGGCUCUACUUGAAGGGAGAUUUGAAGAUGUGAAUAACUACGUAGAAAAGGCACCAUAUGCAAAAGUUGCACACCCAAGUCCUGAGCAUUUCUAUCCAUUACACGUAGCAAUGGGUGCUGCUGGUGAAAAUGCAGAAUCUGAACUUAUACACCAUAGUUGGAGUUAUGGUGCCCUCUCCUAUGCCUCUUACAAGUUCAAGGCAACAAGCGGAUAG